AUGCCUGCGCUGAGUUAUUCCCAUGCGGUCGCCAUAUUGGCGGCAUCGCAUGCGGCCCUGGUCUCCGCUCAAUCGCUUCGUGAGCAAACAUGGGGCGUCUUUGCCUACACUGUUCACGGCGACAGCGUGCCGCAAGCCCUGCCUCGUCCUCAGAUGCUGACCCCAUACGGGGCCAACGAGCUGUACGCGGCAGGGACUGCGUUCCGUGAUCGAUACGUUGCCCUCCAUGGAAGCGGUGGUCGUCCCAGCACGCGAAUUGAGGGUAUAUCGCCUUACCUCCUCAAGAGCGAAGACAUCGACGUCGUCACCACCGAUGACCAACCGGCCAUUGCGUCCGCCCAAGCAUUCAUGCAGGGCCUCUACCCGCCUCUCAACGCUUCGUUCCCCGGGAAAUACUCCGAUCCUACUUUCGACCUGGCGAACGGCUCCGCGAUGACCUUCCCGUUGGACGGAUACCAGUACCCUCGCAUUACCACGGUUAACUCGAUGGACCCGCGGUCGAUCACGGUGGACGGUCAGGCCGCUUGCCCGAUGCACCAGGCUGCCAACUCCGAGUACCUUUCCAGCCCGGACACCCAUGAACUCAUACAAGAAUCCGCCGCAUUCUACGACACGCUUUGGACCUCUGCACUGUCCGGCGCAUUCGAGGAAUCCUCCGCUAGCUACGUGAACGCGCGCGAGAUUUCAGAAUUCCUGGACUAUCAACUAGCGCAUAAUAAGACUCUGCUGCACCACAUAGGCGCCGACAGCAUUGGCCAUGCGCGGGCCUUCGCAGACCGUUACGUCCAUGACACCAACGGCAACAUCUCCACCUCGAGCGCCAUCGGCACCGCGAAAGUCCGCAGCAUCGCAGGCCGCACUCUGGCGUCCCGGAUCUUAGCCACCUUCGACACGAAUGUCCAUUUCCGCGGCACGGACGGCAUCAUGCAUCUCGUCUUUGGCGGGUAUGAGCCCGUUGUCGCCCUCACGUCGCUCCUGCAGCUUGUGUCGCCGCAGCAUGGGAAUUUCCAGUCCCGCCCUGUCCGUGGCGCGUCGAUUGUAUUCGAGCUUUACAGUCUGGAGGGUAACGACUAUCCCACGUAUCCGAAGCCCUCGGAUCUUUUUGUUCGGUUCUAUUUGCGGAACGGCACCGACGCGGAGUUCCAGUCUUACCCUCUCUUUGGGAACGGUCCCAGCAACGAGGCAAUUCCCUAUAGCGAGUUCCGGGAGGAGAUGAGCGCGUUCUCGCUGGGCUCGACGAGGGAGUGGUGUCUGCAGUGCAAUUCAGACGCUGUCUUUUGCUCUUCUGGGUCCCGUCAAGGUGGGAGUGGCUCGGAGCGUUGUGGGGGUUUACAGCCUGCUGUUGCUGGCGUGGUUGGCGGGGUCAUCACCAUUGUUGCCCUCGGCGUGUUCUUGAUCAUUGGAUUCCUGAUCCAAGGGUUCCGCAAGAAUCGCAUCCACAAUCCGAACCUGGGAGGCUUCAAGGGCAACAGCAAGAUGGCUAGUGAUUCGGAUAUUGUCUUCAAUUCCUCGGAGUUGGAUAAUGUGAAGACGGAUGACCCUCAGCAGCUGGCUAGUAAUAAUCCCUACCAUGUCAAUGGUGCUACGAUUGUCCACGGUCAUGAACGUGUGGGAAGCUGGGAGAUGGGGCAGCCGAGGACUGGUGAUGCUCCGAGUCGUACUGAGGAUCAAGCGCCGCGGGUAUCCCCGUUUGAUGAUGAGUUUAGGGAGGAGUGGCAGAACCACACUGUGUCGAAGCCGGUUGUUGCUCGGGAGAGCGUUUGA